UCUCCACAAUUCUCUGCCCGCGCGCGUCUGCUUUGCUUGGGCUUCUUCGAGACGAUCAUCUUCAUGGGUGGUCCGGCAAGGAAUGUUCGUGUGUGUAGGGUUGAUCGUGUACAGAAGGAACGCCGCUUAGAAGAUACGCGAGUGCACCAAAAUCUAGAAUCGUCCGUGUUCACUGCAAAAGCGUUGCGAUAAAGAAGCGUUUCUUGUCCAAAGCUUGACGAAAAUUUGGGUGUGGGUGUUGAGGUGGUGUUGUAAAAUAAGAUUUACGAUUGAUGAAAUUUAACCACAAUUAACCACGACACGGAUAAUGUGAACAUGUUCGUGAUCUGGUCCGCACGGUGGUGCAGCACACUUUGUUGAUGAAACAAUUUUCCAACUCGAUCUUCAUCCAUCUUGCCAGCAUUUACUGCGAUUUCCAGCAGUUUCCCUUUGCAGUUGAUGUAACGCUAAACUCCGCUCCGUAAACAAUCAACGCCCAGGCACACACGCACUCGCCCGUGCCCCACUUGGGCGUAUGGGCGAUCCAUCGUUGAACCGAUAAUCAGCCGAUUCGUAUUCAAAACAGAUGUAACUUCGCCGUUGAUAAUACUGCCCCGUACAAGCACCGAGGUGUGAGAAAGUUAGAUGUUCCGCUGCAGCUGUUUGUUGUAUGGGGAACACACACGACCGAUACGAUCGCCGUAGCGUAUACAGUGCGUAGCAUUUGCCGGAAGCAGGCAACUAGUUGGAAGUUAAGCAGAUUCCCGUUUUUCCUUUCGUCGCCAAAAUGGCACACGGAAGCACCGUAGCCGUUUGCCUGCUAGCGCUCGCCGCCCUUACCGCCCAAGCGAGCAGCAAGGAGUUCAACCCGACAACGAACCUCAUCCUGCCCGAAUCCUCAUCCCGGCUGGAAUCGAUCAACGGUACGCGCAACUACCGGAUGCACGGCAAAAAAGGCAAGGACGACAAGACCUGGUUCGAUGGGCGCGAGAUGCGCUACAUCUACUGCGUGCGGCCGGGCAAGUGUGAACCGAUCAAGCACCGGCAGUGCUUACACUCGACGCUGCCCUACUCGUCGAUCAGCCUCGAUCUGACCGACUCGUACAGCCAGGAGGAGAUGCACACCAAGCUGCACCAGUACAACGCGCUCAAGAGCGUGCCGAAGUGCUGGGCCGUCAUACAACCGUUCCUGUGUGCCGUGUUUACGCCCAAGUGCGAGAAGAUCAAUGGCCAGGAUAUGGUGUACCUGCCGACGCUGGAAAUGUGCAAGCUGACGCUCGAACCGUGCCGGAUACUGCACAAUACCAGCUUUUUUCCCGAGUUUCUCAAGUGCAACGAAACGCUGUACCCGUCCAAGUGCAACAACGAUGUGCGGGAGGAGAUGAAGUUCAACGCCAGCGGCCAGUGCCAGAAACCGUUGGUGGCGGCGGACCUGCCAGCGAACUAUUACAAAGAAAUCGAUGGAUGUGGCGUGCAGUGCAAGGAUCCGCUGUACACAGACCAUGAGCAUCGGCAGAUACACAAGCUAGUCGCGUGGGGCGCCAGCAUUUGUCUCGCAUUCAACCUGUUUACGCUCGCCACGUUCGCGAUCGACUGGCAGAAUGCCAACAAGUAUCCAGCGAUGGUUAUAUUUUACAUUAAUUUCUGCUUUGCCGUUUCCUGCCUUGGCUGGUUAGCACAGUUCACUCCCGGCGGGCGGGAGGAUAUCGUGUGCCGGAAGGACGGCACGCUGCGCACGUCCGAGCCGAGCGCGGGCGAAAACCUGUCCUGCAUCGUGGUGUUCAUACUGGUGUACUACUUCCUGAUCGCAGCGAUGGUGUGGUUCGUCAUCUUCACCUACGUGUGGCAUAUGAGCUUUAAAGCGAUCGGCAAGAUCCAGGACCGGAUCGAUAAGAAGGGCUCGUACUUCCAUCUGAUCGCCUGGUCGCUGCCGCUGGUGCUAACGAUCACCAUCAUGGCGCUGAGCGAAAUCGACGGCAACAGCACGGUCGGCAUCUGCUUCGUCGGCUACCAGAACCACCCGAUCCGGGGCGCCUUCCUGCUCGGCCCGGUGCUGUGCGUGCUGCUCGUCGGCGGCUACUUUCUCGGCCGCGGGCUGCUCACGCUGAUCCGGCUGCGGAUCUCAAGCAGACAGAUCAUCUCGGCCCGGGCGAGCAAAAAGAUCCACCAAACGAUCGUGCGCAUGGGCGUGUGCACGACGUUCACGUUCAUCUUUAUCGUCGCGACCGCGUUCUGUCACGUGCACGAGUUCCGGCACAGUGCGGCGUGGGCGGAGGCGCUGCGCGGCUUCCUCGUGUGCCAGAUCGUGGCCGCGUUCAACGACGACGUGACGAACGGGUGCCGGUACGAGCAGCGGCCGAGCGUGGCGAUCCUGCAGCUGCACCUGAUCUGCCUGUUCGCGUCCGGCAUCGUCAUGUCGUCGUGGGUGUGGACCAACUCGACGCUCGAAUCGUGGGGCCGGUAUUUUCGGAGGCGCUUCGGCACGGACAUCGACGAACCGGUGAAGCUGCAGAAGCAUAAGGUGAUAGCGCAGGCGUUCGCGAAGCGCAAGGAGUUUCAGAACCAGGGCCGGCUGUCGAUCUCGUUCCACAACUCGCACACCGACCCGGUCGGGCUGAAGUUCGACAUCACGUCCGCGAUCGGCAGCCACGAUUUCAGCUCGACCUGGGCGAACAAUUUGCCCAGGUUUGUGAACCGGCGCUGCGCGCUGACCGGUGCGGCGACGAGCUCGAGCCACGAUCCGCGCAAAAACUCGGUCGACUCGGAGAUCAGCUUCAGCGUGCGGCACGUGUCGGUGGAGUCGCGCCGCAACUCGAUCGACUCGCAGGUGUCGGUGAAGAUCGCGGAGGUCAAGACGAAAGUCGCUAGCCGGAGCAGCCGCGGCACGGUGGUGGUGGGAGCGACCGGCUCCAAGCAUGGGCACAAGUCGCGGCAAAGCCGCCGGAGGCAUGAUUUCGCCACGACUGCCACGGGGCGGAGGUAUGGGCGCAAGGAGAGCAGCACGUCCGUCGAGUCGCAGAUCGUGACGGCAGCAAUCCAAAAGUCGGCCGGCAGCGGAGCGGGCCGAUAUGCGGGCGGGGCGGGUACGUUCGGGGCAGGAAGCAUGCAGCGGCGUACGGGAAUCGGAGCGCUGGACGCGCAUCAGAUAAAUGAUUUGAUUUCGAACGGCAAACUGUUGCUGCCGUUUCUGCAAGGCCAAGGGCUGACCACGUCGGAGGAUGAUAACGUGUCGGUGGGUUCGUUCAAGCUGCACGACUCGAAGUUCGACAUCAUUAUGAAGAAGUUUGAAGGUUCAAGCCGCAUUGGAACGAGCUGUGCCGGUGGUGGUGGUGUUGGUGGUGGCGGUGUUGGUGUUGGUAGCGGUAGCGGAGGUAUGAACGGAACCAGCGGACCCGGAACCACGGUCGGUGGCGGCGGCGGCGGCUGCCGCAUCGAAGAGUAUCGCACCAGCGACGACGACGAUGAUGACGAUGAGCUGGAGGCCGAAGCGUUACUGAAUGGAAGAAACGUACCAUCGCUGGCACAGAUCACCUCCGGCCGGGAGGAGCACCAUUCGAAGGACUUCAACGGAAGCAUCGCCCAAUCGGCCAUGGACGGGGGAGGAGCAUCUGCCCGCGUCGGCAAGAGCAGAACGGUGAAAAGGCAGGGAGCUAACCAGCUGGGAUCGUUCCGCAAGGGAGGCAACGGUUUGCGCCACAAAAGAUCGUUACACAGUACUGCCCGCCGCAAGAAGGAAAAAAAUCGCGAGCGUGAGCGUAUGCGGGAGAAAGAGCUGGCGCUGCUGGAGCGCGCUGCGCCAUCCUCCUCCCCUCCGCCGGCCGGCGUCGAGACGAUGUUUGAUUUCAACGACUCCUCCUUCACGUCCUACUGCUCGGAGCUGUCGCCGCUGCACGUGAACAGCUCGUACUCGGGCGUGUCCGUAGCGAAGACGAACUCGCGCAACUCGAAGCGCAGCUGCGACGUCGGCAUCCAGACCAAUGCGCACGAAAUUGCCACCCAAACCAUGUCCUCGUUCGAGUUUAGCGAAAAGGCGCUCAAGAACGAGGAGAACGCGGACAUCUACACCGAGAACCACCACCCGAUGCUGUCGCACCAUCCGCUGCCGAUCGCGGCGCUGCAGGCUCCGUCGAAGAUGAUUCAAACCGUCGGCACCAACACCAUCGGCGGGGGUGGUCGAAAGCAUCGCGAUGCCAGCGAAUCGACCGGCAUGAGCGAUGCGGAAAAACUGAAAAUGCUUCUGCUGCCAUCGAAAUAACUUUACCCCACACACACCGACCGCGGAGUGGUAUUUUAUAAGCAAUAUAAUUACUAACGAACAAACCUGAUGAGCGCCAAACGAUGCAAGUUAGCUCAAAGGAUCUUGUUAAGAAGGAUAAUUUCAAUAAGUGCCUUUUAGUGGUAAAGCAACGUCGUUGUGUUAGUCGCCGAUGGCGCAUCAUAUCAGUAAACCUCCUCGCGCGUGUAACACUGCAUUUAAAGCAUUUUCGAGCGAUGAUAUACUCGCACGUAACCAGCCGUGAAUCUCGUGCGCCAUUUUGGGCGGAAAUAGUAGUGUACCUUCCCUUUAUGUUUUACUCCACCGUUAGUAACAGCAAAUCAACGCUGACGCACACACACACACACACUACGAACCACUAAUAGAAAGACUGAUCAGCGCAAAGAACGAAACCGAUGCAGCAACCGAAAAUUGUAUUGUACAAAACGCCAUGAGUGACGGGGCAAGUGCGCUUUCCAUUGGAAUGAGACGAUCGACUUACGUCAAUGUGUAACAGAUGAGCAACGAAAAACCGAACAAAAGGAUAUACAGAAUCCGUCAAACGAUAGUUAUUACAACUGAUUGGUAUUUACGAUGUGUGCUAUAUAUUGUAACGAAGGCAAAAAAAACUGAAUUUGCCACUUAGGCGGGCUUUUACGUACCUACGGAUAGGUAUAGAUAAUAAGUGUAUUUGUCGCCUAGUCCUCCCAUAUUUUUUUUGUCGGAGGACCACUUUUUUUUACAUUUGAAUCUCCCCAUGAAUCAUGCCAAACGUGUGACGGUGUUUACACACAAGUAGUGUGUUUAUAAUGGAAUUAUAAAAAAUAAAGACCAUGAAACCAUGAACUGAAA